AUGACUAUGUUUACACAGACAGGAGGAUUGGUAGAGGAGGGUCACUUGCAGGAUCAAGUUUUGACGCCAUUACAGCCCCAUACGAUUCUGCUUAAAGAUGGAGAGACGGUCGCGACCAUGUACCCAAUACCGGCUAACGCAGAUCUUCUGCCAGUGGGAUUGUUGGCCUUCUUGCUGGACGAAUUCAAUAUGGAAAUAGAGAAGGGCGACAGCUUCCCAUACUACGAGACGUUAUCGUUGAAACAGUUCAAAGAAGCAUGGUUCCAUGCUGAUGGCCAUAUAGCUGUCAUGGUGCUGGGCGAGGUGCCUGAGCUUGACUACAGCAUGGAAAACGAUUUGUCAGACUUGGAGAAUAACUAUGGGACAGAUAUUGAGACGAUGAGGCAAACUUCACAGUACAAGAAGCGCAAGAAGCGUCGAAACUUAAACUUGAACAUCCAAUGGGAAAAGCAAUGUCUGGGCAUAUUUUCGCUGCAACCUGCGUAUCCAGGACGUUCAUCUCAUAUUGUUACGGGUACUUUUUUGGUUAACGCCGGCAUUCGCGGCAAGAGAAUUGGCCGAACCCUGGUGGAGACCUUCAUCGAAUGGUCAAAGAGGCUUGGUUUCACUUCAUGUUACUUCCCAUUGAUUUACGGGACAAAUGUCGGGAUCCGACGAAUACUGGAGAGUCUGAAUUUCAAGAGAAUAGGCAAGCUGCCAGAAUCGGGCAUCCUGAAGGGAUUCGACGUUCCGGUCGAUUCGUUCAUCUACGGGAAGGAGUUUACACAUAUUACUAAGAGCAUCGAUCUUUUACGAGAUCCUCAGAAGACGAACGACAUUGCCAAGUAUGAGCGACUGAAAUAUUACCUUGAAACAGGCAAAUACCCUGCGAACUGCGAUCGGAACGAAAAGGCGCGACUACGGGUAAGCUCGAGGACCCACUCCGUUCUCAAUGGUAAGCUAAUGACCCGGGGACGCGAAAUAGUGUUUGAGCCUGAUAGGCAGCGCCAGAUCGCUAUGGAAAUGCACGCCGUAGAGCACCAGGGGAUAAAUAAGAUAACCACGCGAAUCGUUGAGAGAUAUCACUGGAAAGGCAUCAAGAAUACGGUAUCAGAAGUGAUUGCCCAGUGUCACCGCUGUAAGAUGAGACACCAGGACGGCGUCGGUGUAAUCGUAAAGCCCGGCAAGUCUGUGAAACAGGCCCAUAUGUUUGCAGCACACAGCGAGAGCACGGACGACGAUCUCGAUCAUUCUGCACAGCUCUCGAGGAUGGCUGCCGUAGUGGUGGGAUCACUACAGGCGGAUGUGGAUGACCACGAAUCCGCCAAGGAUUCGACCCCGGCAGACGCUGAAGAGCGCCAGAGCGCAACGCCCCAAGUCACAAGCCUCGAUUUCGAUAAACUAGACAAGUCCCACAACCAACUCAUGCAGCCAAUGCUGAGUACUGAACAAUCCAUGAACGCCUUCAACCGUUUUAUGGAAGAGGAGCAACAAAGGAAAAGACGCAAGUUUACCAGCGUCAACAGCAACGCCGACAACAACCCAGAGAACUUCGAGCAAGAGACUCCAGGCACCGUGCCAGUCCUGGAUAAAAACGACCAGAACCUGAUGGACGACGCAAUAUUGGGACUCCAGGAGAAUGUGAUGGCAGCCGUAGAGCUUGCCCACAAAGGGCGAACAGCGGAACAGACACCGGACUCUGCAGACGAUGACGCUGGCGGCGCCAGUGUCUUUUACUGA